AGCGCAGGGAAGAGGGGGAGGAAGGAGGAGGAGGAACAGCAUCAACAAUCCCUAGCAGCAGGCAAAACACCAUCCGUCUCCCACAGCAUCCCCUUCUGCCUUCUCUCCUAAUAAGGGGAUGCCUUCUGGAGGAGACGGCCCAGGCUGUGUGCCAGCCAAGACCUAGAGCACGCGUCCCACACCCCCUGUGUCACCGGCAGAGGGGACACAGUCGGUGACAGGAACAGGUGCUGAGAAAGGACACCUGGAUCUGUGGGGUCUGACCUCCCUCCCCUGCACACUCACCACCGAUUCCCGCCUUCCACAACAAAGGAUCAUGGGAUAAUAGCGCUGCUGGCACGCCAAGCCACUGGGAUAACUCCACUAGUACCGCUGUUCGGGAUUACCCUGCCGGAACGCCCAUAUUUACCCACGCCGAGCUUUCUCCCAAAACCCGCUUCUCUCCCAGAGGAUUAACGUCCGGAGAAUUGUUGUAGGCAUAACAAGUGCGCCCUCCCGUGCCAAGUACCCCAUUGCCCGUUGUCGUCACCCCGGGUUGCCCCGUACUCUGGGCCUGGGGUUGUAGGGUGGAAGUUCGUUGAGUGUGUCACGGAGAGUUUCUAGGUGCACCCAGCCACGUGUGGAGCGCUGUGCGCGGGAUCUGAGCCUCCAGCCCCCGCCGUGCAGAAUACUAUGUGUGUCACUACUUAUCCCCGCGUCCAUAGUGUUUGCCCUUGACACGGCUAGUGCUGCAGGAGACGCCGUGGCCCGUACGCGGAAUAUGAGCCUCAUCCAUGCUGCCUGCGUGCUGCCAUUAUCUGUCUUGCUGUAGGUAUUGUCAGCUAAUAAUAGGCACGUUCUCCACUGGAUGAGAUAAUUGUGCGUUCACCUCUGGCAGUGCACGGCGUGAUGGGGAGUGUGACAGGUCCCCAGGGCUGUGCUGUGUUGUCUCACACUUCACCGUCUGUCUCUGUGUAGAACUCCCAGCAGCUGUGCCCCUGCGUACGGGCAUCGAUUGUGGCCAGCCCGGGAAAGGGUUAACAGAGGGCUCCGUGCACGUGGAGUAUGGUGUGUGUGGCAUCCGGGGGCCAGCGGCUGACUUCACUACAGGUGCAGGGGCGCUGUGUGACCUAGCGUCUCCCUGCCGUACCGGAUCAUAGCCCCAACCAGCAGGUGACACCAUAGCAACCACCAAUGAGCCACCAGAAGACCACGGGCAUUGGCUAGCUGUGAGGCCACCAGUAUCCCUCGUCUUGUGGAUUUAUCAUUGGCUGACGUUAGCCCGUCUGGUUCUCUGCCCCUGGCUGUCUCUAUCCGCCUCCGGGAUCUGCUUUUGUGUAUGGUGUGAGGUUGGCACAUACCACCUAUUGCUAGCACCAAGGAGGCUGGUGAGCAGGACAAACCUAUGGGAUAAGGAUGCCCGUCCGAAGAGGACACGUCGCCCCUCAGAACACCUUCUUGGACACAAUUAUCCGGAAAUUCGAAGGACAAAGUCGGAAGUUCAUUAUAGCCAAUGCUCGUGUGGAAAACUGCGCAGUGAUUUACUGCAACGAUGGCUUCUGCUCCAUGUGCGGAUACACGCGCGCCGAGGUCAUGCAGAGACCCUGCACCUGUGACUUCCUGUACGGCCCUCGUACGACCUCCAGCGCAGUGUCGCAGAUCGCGCAGGCCCUGGUGGGAUCCGAGGAGCGUAAGGUGGAGAUCUCCUUCUAUCGCAAGGACGGAAGCUGCUUUCUGUGUCUCGUUGACGUGGUCCCAGUGAAGAAUGAAAACGGAGCAGUCAUCAUGUUUAUCCUAAACUUCGAGGUGGUGAUGGAGAAAGAUCUUCUGAGCUCUCCGAAUAAAAACUCCAAUCACAGAGUCCAAUCACACUGGUUCCCCCCAGCCAGAGGGAAAUCCUUCCGUUUGAAGAUUCCGGCAUUACUGGCUCUCGCUGGCAGUAAGCAGUCCCUCCCGCAGGAGGACCCUGACGUGGUGGUUGUGGACUUCUCCAAGCACAACAGUGACUCCAUAGCUCUGGAAGAUGUCACCGUCACUCCAGUGGACAAUUGCAUUGCUUCUCACCCUGAGGACCAGCAUGCGCUGCUUGGUAGUACAGAGCCCAAGGCCUUCUCUGAAGAUGGUCCUACAGUGCAGUCUUCUCCCCGGGCGGACAAGGACCACCUGAACUUAGACAUGUCAUUCUCCAACUGCAGCCUCACCCGCAGCCGUUCCCGGGAAAGCUUCUACAGUAUCCGCAGGGCCUCUUCUGUGGAUGAUAUAGAGGCCAUGAAGGUGGAGCUGGAUAAAAAGUUCCGUUCCCGAAACUCCAGCACAGGUGCCAUGAACAGCGUCCGAGUCAGCCUCCUGAACUCCACCUCAGAUUCUGAUCUCAUGAAGUAUAGAACGAUUAGCAAAAUACCCCAAAUCACCCUUAAUUUUGUGGACUUUAAGGGAGACUCAUUCCUCACCUCGCCCUCCAAUGAGAAGGAGAUCAUCGCACCCUCCAAGUUAAAGGACCGGACGCACAACGUGACAGAAAAGGUCACCCAGGUCCUAUCGCUGGGAGCUGACGUUCUUCCCGAAUACAAGCUGCAGGCUCCUCGUAUCCACAAAUGGACAAUUCUCCACUAUAGUCCUUUUAAGGCAGUCUGGGACUGGCUCAUCCUUCUGCUGGUCAUCUACACUGCCAUCUUCACUCCAUACUCUGCUGCCUUUCUUCUCAAUGACCAGGAGGAACAGCACAGAGAAUCCUGCGGCUACUCCUGCAACCCGCUGAGUGUGGUGGAUCUGAUGGUGGACAUCAUGUUCAUCAUCGACAUCCUCAUAAACUUCAGAACAACUUACGUCAACUCGAAUGAAGAAGUGGUAAGCCACCCCGGCAAGAUCGCUAUCCACUACUUUAAGGGCUGGUUCCUGAUUGACAUGGUGGCUGCCAUACCGUUCGAUCUCUUGAUCUUUGGCUCUGGCUCUGAGGAGACUACUACUCUGAUUGGCCUGCUGAAGACAGCCCGCCUCCUGCGCUUGGUGCGCGUGGCGCGUAAGUUGGACCGGUACUCAGAGUACGGGGCCGCUGUCUUGUUCCUGCUGAUGUGCACCUUCGCCCUCAUAGCUCAUUGGCUGGCCUGCAUCUGGUACGCGAUUGGACACAUGGAACACUACGAUCAGGAGUAUAGACCAAUCGGCUGGCUGUACUCGCUUGGCACUCAGAUCAUGAAACCCUACAACAACAGCAACACCAAAUCCGGCCCGACCAUCAAUGACAAGUACGUCACCGCUCUCUAUUUCACCUUCAGCAGCCUGACCAGCGUGGGCUUCGGGAACGUGUCCCCUAACACCAACUCCGAGAAGAUCUUCUCCAUCUGCGUCAUGCUGAUCGGAUCUCUCAUGUACGCUAGUAUUUUUGGGAAUGUGUCUGCAAUCAUCCAGCGCCUGUAUUCCGGAACUGCCAGGUACCACACACAGAUGCUGCGGGUCCGCGAGUUCAUCCGUUUCCACCAAAUUCCCAACCCGUUGCGCCAACGUCUGGAGGAGUAUUUCCAGCACGCCUGGUCCUACACCAAUGGCAUUGAUAUGAACGCAGUUCUGAAGGGUUUCCCCGAGUGCCUGCAAGCCGAUAUCUGCCUGCACCUAAACCGAACUCUUCUGCAGAACUGUAAACCGUUCAAAGGAGCCACUAAGGGCUGCCUGCGGGCCCUGGCUAUGAAGUUUAAGACCACGCAUGCACCCCCUGGGGACACGCUAGUGCACGCGGGCGAUGUACUUACUGCUCUCUACUUCCUUUCUCGUGGAUCCAUUGAAAUAUUGCGCGGGGAUGUGGUGGUCGCCAUACUGGGGAAGAACGACAUAUUCGGUGAGCCUCUCAAUCUGUACGCACGGCCUGGAAAAUCCAACGCAGACGUCCGAGCCCUGACCUACUGCGACCUACACAAGAUUCACCGGGAGGACCUCUUAGAAGUUCUGGAUAUGUAUCCUGAAUUCUCAGACUAUUUCUGGUCCAGCUUGGAGAUCACCUUCAACCUCCGAGAUACCAACAUGAUCCCUGGAUCUCCCAGCAGCAAUGACUCUGACAGCGGAUUUAACAAGCUGAGACGGCGCAAGAUCUCCUUCCGCAGACGGACGGACAAAGACGCUGAGAAUGCCGGCGAGGUACCGAAGGGUCAGAGGUCAGGCCGGCUGAUCCGGAACAGUCUGCUGGAGGAGAAGGGAUGGGGGGAGCACAGCAGCGUCCCCAACAGUUCCUCGUCCAGUGAUGAUGAGCAGCCGGUGCCGGUGUCAAACACCAUUGAGCUGUCUCCAACACGGGCUACGUGCAGCAACGUCACUGCGGCAAAUGGGGGAGAGGUGGAGGGCGACCAGAGCGCGGGGGAUGUGUGCAACCACCUGUCAGGUGCUUUUUCUGGGGUAUCUAACAUCUUUAGCUUUUGGGGAGACAGAAAUGGACGUCAGUACCAGGAGCUGCCGCGAUGCACCAUCCCUACCCACACCACGCUCACUGCUCCGGCGCCUUCCAUUAGUCGGCGGCAAAAAUGUGAAUUGGGGAACAGGCUGGAUCAACUGCAGAAGCAACUCAACAGGUUGGAGAGCCGCAUGGUGACAGAUAUCAGCACUAUUAUGCAGUUACUACAGAAGCAGGUGGUCCUGGUGCCCCCCGCGUACAGCACAGUCUCCACCCCCCCUCAGAGUUUCCCCCCAUGUGGACAGCAGACACCUGCAUCCUCUUCUCAGGUGUAUGAAUACCGGGACGUGGAGGGUGUGACGUACAAGUUAUGUGAAAUGCCGCUGGCGCCACAUACGCUUAACGCUGAGUCCAUGUACAGCCCCCGUCGCCUCUCCCUUCCUGGGAACCUGGAGGACCCCCUGGAUCUGAGGACCCCACAGAGACAUUCGUCUGACCCAGGCAGUUAGGGGAAGGGGUUCAGAGACUACUGUCAGACUCUUGGAACAAGCCACGUCCAGAAAGGCCAUUCAGUGUGAUGUCACGCCGGGAACCUUCCGUGGCACAGACACCCGUCACAGACAUCUAGAAGUGGGCAGAGGCUGCAGACGACGACAGACAUUAGCAGAAUGCUACCAUAUGGAGAGAGGAUGAAAGCGACUGUGGAAACUCUGCAAUGUACUCGGAUAAUACCAUUUCUGUGACAUCAGCAUCGUGAGUGCCGGCUGCGGGAGGCCUAAGUGGCAUGCAUGACCCCGGCCAAGCCUCACGCAACCCGUGAUUCCUCUCCCACCUGCUGGAGGCUCUCCGAGAACUUGUAGCAUAAUCAGAGAAGAGGGACUCGUCGCUCACAGCUGACGUUAUCCUCCAUGAAGAAGACGGUGACCGAGCUGAUCCAUGCCCGACAUCCAUCUUCAUUUCAGUAUCCGCUGCACAAGGAAUGCGAGCGCUGUGUUAUACGGUCAUUAUUCCAGGGGGAUGUGUCAGCCCUAUUGCACACCUGGGGUUCCGGCACGAGCCCCCCUUUACUGCAGGAGACUGGACCCAAUGAUUGUCUUCCACAGAUCACCUAUGUAAUCCAGAGACGGUACAGGUCUCAUAGCCAUGUCCCUUAUCAUCAUCUCCAGCUCUGUAUGAUUACUGUUCAUGUCCUCGCUGAGUGGGCGCGUUGCUGUCUCGUCGCGUGCGCAGAACACCGGUAGGAGACUCUUACUGCAGUAGUGAAUUACCAUUUAUAUGUUGUGCUCAAUCGUCAAAGCUGCAAUCCCAGAAUAGUAUAAGAUGACUGAUUUAUUGUAAGAACACACGUGUAUUUCUCUCUCCUUCGCCUCUUUUCUUAACACUAUUAUGUAUUUACAUCUUGUGUCAUGUGCCUGCCAUGGCGACCACAGUCGCAUGACAUGGUGCAGUGAGGCUUUGGAAUGUCAGCACGAUCCCUACUUCCUUCCUCUCUUAUCAUAUGUGUAACGGGGGGCUCUGACUACAGAUUGCAAUGUGCCGCCAUAUAUAUCUCCCGGGCAUCUUAAGGGACAUCCUAUUAAAUUCAGAUUUAUGUUAAACUAAUACAAAAAUGUAUAUAUACCGAUGUAGGAUUGUAGCUUUCUGUAAAUGGCUUCCCCUGGCUCUUCUGCCGUUCAGCCGCACUGUACUAGGCCGAAUUCCACCGUCAUAUUCAUCCUCUGCCUUCUAGAAAAGCACAAAUUUCCUGCGGAGCUUCUCAGAUGUGACAAUAAAACCUGGCUUCACCUUUCCCUGAGUAACGCUAAUGAGGUUACUCUGUCAUAGGCCCUUCCAGGUGACCUAUCCCAAAAUGUAGGGAUCCUCCUCCCUACUCACAGACCUGUCCCCCCACCUGUAGGGAUCCUCCUCCUUACUCACACACCUGUCCUCCCACCUGUAGGGAUCCUCCCUACUCACACACCUGUCCCACCUGUAGGGAUCUUCCUCCCUACUCACACACCUGUCUCACAUGUAGGGAUCCUCCUCCUUACUCACACACCUGUCCCACCUGUAGGGAUCCUCCUUACUCACACACCUGUCCCACCUGUAGGGAUCUUCCUCCCUACUCACACACCUGUCUCACCUGUAGGGAUCUUCCUCCCUACUCACACACCUGUCCCACCUGUAGGGAUCCUCCUCCUUACUCAUAGACCUGUCCCACCUGUAGGGAUCCUCCUCCUUACUCACACACCUGUCCCACCUGUAGGGAUCUUCCUCCCUACUCACACACCUGUCUCACCUGUAGGGAUCCUCCUCCUUACUCACACACCUGUCCCACCUGUAGGGAUCCUCCUCCUUACUCACACACCUGUCCCAC